UCGGUCCGUGAAUGGGUGAGCAUCUAUGCCAUAACGAGUAUCUCUAUAGAAGGAACAAAUGUUUGUGGAUCACACAAAUUCUUGUCCUGCCCGGAAAUAAAACUCAUGACAUGCCUUUAAGCCGGGCUCAGAAGUAGGUGGUGACCUAUAACCCUAUAACACUCGGCUACUCAGUCAGUCUAAGUGUAAGGAAUUCCAAAUAGUUUGCAAAUGAAACACUGGCUUAAAAUCAGUAAAACUUCUAAAAAAGAAGAUUUUAAAAGUAAAUUUAUGACAUGACGAAUGUGACAAAUAUUUAGCCGAGGAUUUUUUGCUAUCCCGACGUGUUUUUUAUAUUUUAUUUUUUUAUGUAAUUUUUUUUACACUUUUUGUUUACAUUAUUUUACAGCUACAUUAAACCGAUGAAACGAAUUGGAAAAAUAGUUUUUCGUGGCAAAGUGAUAAGAUACACGCCCAGCCAUGUGUCGCACUGCGCACGCGCUGUUACAAACCGGGAUAUGUGGUAUACAGAUGUUAGUGAGGGUCUUUAUGACCGUCAUCCUUAUGAUAGAGAACGUCAUUAGGAUGGUCCUGCAAACGUUUUACAACUUCAUAUCGUUUUUGUUGCAAAUGAUAUCGCUGAUACCAAUCUGCAUAGUGUUCCUCCUGACGGCGCGGCUCAAGUGCUUCAUGUGCGGCGGCGGCGGGCCCUGCCCCGUCAACAGGGGCGGCACCUGCGACUGCCUCAUGUCCUUCAUCGCCAUCGUCAUCAUCUUCUUCAUAUUCAGAGCGACUGGAGUUCUUGACAAAAUAUUCUACAGCUUGGGAUACGCUAAAGCUAAACCCUUAGCCCACACGAGGUUCGUGCCCACACCUGGCGACAUUACUGAGUGCUCUAGGAACGAUUCCACCGAGUCCAGUUCUUUCGAAACUACUUUGGCGAUGAUGGAUUCCGACUCGUCCAGCACUACCGACAUGUAUAAAUUACAAGAGUAUUUUUAUAAUCAGGACCUCUCUACAAAAGAUUCGCCUUAUAGAAAUAACACUACGACAACCAUAUUUUAUUAUGUCGUUUGAAAUUAAAUGUAUCCAAAAUG